AUGGAGCUGAUGGUACUUCUCAAUGCCCUGGUUACUCGCCUGCUCUUUGUGCUGCAUUCUCUCAUCGGGGUCUGGAGAGUGGCUGCAGUGAAGAAAGAACCCAAGUACUGGCUGCUGGCACUGCUCAAUCUCCUCCUGUGCCUGGAGACGGGGCUCACCCUCAAGUUUAAGCAAGGCAGAGGCUACAAAUGGUUUUCACCAGCAAUAUUUUUGUAUCUGAUUUGCACAGUACCAUCACUAUGGCUACUAGAAAUUCAUCACGGGACUCAGUACUGCGGUAAUGAGCCUGGAGCAGUUCAGGUGAAUGUCAGCAACCAAGACUUCAGCCAAUCCAGAAACAGCAGUCACGGAAGCGAGGGAAUAGAUCACCACAUCAUUCAGACGGCUAAAGUCUUUGUGAAUCAGCUCUCCACAAUCUGUGAGACUGUAUGGACACUGGCCCUCCACCAGACUUUCCUGCUACUACUAGUAAUUGGGAGGUGGCUUCUCCCCAUUGGAGUUGAAAUCACCCGGGAUCAAUUGUCUCAGCUGCUUCUCAUGUUUGUGGGAACAGCAGCAGAUAUACUUGAAUUUGCUAGUGAAACCUUGGACAUCGAAGAUGUUCGGAAGAAUUAUGCUCUUAUAAAUGCAAUUCUUGCUGUAUGGACCUGGAGUAUGUUACAGUUUCCACUUGAUCUUGCAGUACAGCAUAUUGGCUGCAAACCAACUGUGUCGCCAAGGCGGAUCCCCAGCCUGCUGCUGUGCAGGUACAGUGCAGAACUGUGGAACAUUGGGGUCAGCCUUUUCAUACAGGACGGUCCCUUCUUCAUUGUGCGUUCAAUCCUGAUGGGCCACUUCAGAAUAUUCAAUCAGAUGCUGGUGUUUUUUACAGCUAAAAAUAUCUUAGUUGUGACUCUACAAUUGUAUCGUUUGGCAGUGAUAACGUUAGACUUCCGUGCUACCAUUCUGCAGAAGAGCAAGAAAGAAGUCAGCUGUUGCCCCUGCGAGCCUUGUGAAGCUAGUACUCAUGCUACUGCUGAUCAAGAUACUGAAAUGAGAGAGUUUGUUGCUUUUCCUCCAAAAGAGGAAUCCCAAGCUCCAUCAGUUGAUCAGUGA